AGCAGACGGUUAUUGAGUGCGUUUAGACUAGGAAGUCAAAUUGAGGCAGAAAAGAAUCUCCUGUCUGUUUAGAUUAGGGUUUAUCUGCGUGCGUUGUGCAUUUUGCAGUAAGGAAGGUGUAAUUUUCGAGGCCUGGUUUUGUAAAUUAAUUGAAUGCGCAACAAUGGCGAACGCAUUCAUGUUGAGCCUCACUGCAAUUGCAUCCUUUGUUGUCGUCUGUGCCCCCGGUCGAAUUUCCGGGCAAAUUAGAUACUCGAUUGCCGAGGAAAUGGAAAAAGGGACAUUUGUUGGGAAUAUCGCUCACGAUUUGGGACUGAAUGUACGACAGUUCUCCGCUCGCAAAUUUCGACUCAGCUCUGAUGACGGAGGUCGGUACCUGAAGGUUAGUUUAGAAAAUGCGGUUUUGUCUAUUCAUGAAAGAAUUGACCGGGAACGUCUUUGUGGGCAAUCGGAUAUGUGCAGUAUACCCUUUGAAAUAAUACUUGAAAAUCCCCUGGAGGUGCAUCGCGGGGAGCUAGUGAUUUCUGAUGUGAAUGACAACUCGCCUACAUUCCGGGAUAGCAGUAUUCCGUUGCAGAUAUCCGAAGCCAUUCCUCCUGGGGUGCGCUUCCGUCUCGAGAGCGCGGAAGACCCCGACAUUGGAAUAAAUACAGUGGCCGACUACACAAUCAGUUCGAGUGAGUACUUUAAGCUUGAGACACGGAGAACCGAGGAGGGUAUUAUAAUUGCCGAGCUGGUGUUAGAGAAAUCCUUGGACCGAGAGUUGCAGUCAUCCUUUCAGCUAGUGCUUACGGCUACGGACGGAGGGAUCCCUCAAAGAACCGGAACAGCUCAGAUUCUCAUUACUGUACCAGACUUUAAUGAUAAUCCACCUGUAUUCGAGCAUGAUGUUUACAGGAACAGCAUAAAGGAAAAUGCACCACAGGGUACUGUAGUGAUGAUAGUUAACGCAACGGAUUUGGACGAAGGGCUCAAUGCUAAGUUGUUAUAUUCUUUUAGUGGAAUAUCCUUACAAAGAGUGCAUGGGGUGUUCAGUUUGGUUCCGGAAACUGGGGAGAUUCUAGUUGAAGGGCCUUUAGAUUUUGAAGAAACAAACAGCUAUUCACUCGAUAUUCAAGCUGUUGAUCACGGGACUCCUGCGAUUACAGGACAUUCCAAAGUACUGAUUAAAGUUAUUGACGUAAACGACAACGCACCAGAGAUAAAAGUGAAGACAUUGAAAAACCUUAUCUCAGAAAAUGCUCCACUAGGAACUUUAAUCACAUUGAUUGAUGUUAUUGAUCGUGAUUCUGGAGAGAACGGUCAAGUGCGCUGCGAAAUACAACAGAACGUCCCGUUUAUCUUGCAAACAUCAUCCAAUCAUUAUAAAUUAAUUACAAGUGAAAUGUUGGACCGUGAAACGAUGUCUGAGUAUAGACUAUUUAUAUCAGCCUGGGAUUUGGGGUCACCUCCACUGUCAACGAAUAAAACCAUCCAUAUUGCUGUUAGUGAUGUAAAUGAUAACGUCCCACGAUUCGCCGAUCUGUCCUACAACGUAUACCUGACUGAAAAUAAUGCACCUCGCGCAUCUAUCUUCACAUUAACUGCGUCUGAUCCUGAUCUGGAACAGAAUUCCUAUGUUUCUUACUCUAUUCUGGAGAAUCAUAUCCAAAACCUGCCAGUGUCCACGUACUUCAGCAUUAACUCUAUGAACGGUACUAUUUACACGAUGCGCUCCUUUGACUAUGAGGAACUCAAAAGCUUUCAGAUCUAUGUUCAAGCCCGUGACGCUGGAGUGCCCCCGCUGAGCAGUACCGCAACAGUUAACGUGAUCAUCCUGGAUCAAAAUGACAACGCUCCAGUAAUUGUUUCACCUUCUGGACAGGGUGGUUCAUCGCCCAUGACGCUCUUGCCCCAAUCAGCGGGCCAAGGGUACCUAGUGUCUAAGAUAUUGGCUACAGAUGCAGAUUCUGGUCAGAACGCGCGACUCGUUUACCAAAUGAUGCAAACUACAGAUCCCAGUUUGUUUAUCCUUGGCAAGACUACUGGCGAAAUCAGAACUGCACGGAAUAUCUUGGUGUCGGAUCUUAUCACUCAAACUUUGGACAUUCUGGUAAAAGACAACGGGCAGCCAAAUCUAUCCAGCACGGUUAAGAUUCACAUUACAAUUUUGCAGAACAGCACCGAUACCGUCACGGAAAGUGAUAUUUCAGUAGGAAGACCCGAAUAUUCCUCCGAUCUAAACCUAUAUUUAUUGGUUAUUUUCAGUUGCACUUCCAUUGUCUUUCUUCUCAUAAUCAUUCUGCUGAUUGUCAUCAAAUGUAAACAGGACAGAAAUAUCACCCAAGAGUUUACUUCCACCAGUUAUUGUUACAAACCUGGAAAUAUGCACAACACGAUUAAUCGAAGAUCUGUCAUGGAGGAAACUUUACGCUAUCCUGGUACUGAUCAAGUACUCCGUGUGGCAGGACUGCCACAGUACUCAGUCUGUUUGUCUCCAGAAUCAGCAAAGAGCGAUUUCCUGUUCUUGAAGCCAUGCGGCCCUCCCACCUCUCAGGCUCAAGAAUAAAUUACGGGGACGUGUAACAUCAACUCAUGCCCAGUGUAUGUGCGCUUACUUUUGUUAAAUUCUGCAAUGUGGUUUAUUGCAGUAAAGUAUUUCAGAAAAUAUUCCCUCUUUGCAAUUGUUGUCUUUCAGCUGAGGAGAAAUACAGUUGCUACAAUAAUCAAAAAUGAACUAUUCUUGAAUCUAAUGGUAUGAAAUUGGCAUCUGUUACCUCUAAAGAGAAUCUUACUAACUACCACUGAAUGUUGUUAACAAGUUGUUUGCGAUUGGGUCUGUUAUGCAUUUACAUCUUGGGGCCAGGUUUCAAAUAUGCGCUUGAAUUGUGAUAUUUAAUAACUGAGAUAUAAAGAUACUGUAUAUGGACGCAUUAAAAUGCAUUCCCGAGAAAUGAUUUAAUUUCACAGUUCAACAAUAGAGCCAAAAAUGCACAAAUGUGAUCUGAAAUGUAAACAAUAUACUGUAGGCACUCAGCAUGUCAGAUUGUUCCUGUGAGUCAAAAACAGCAGUUUUAUUUAUUUCAGAUCCGGAACCGUUGGUCAGACAUACUUACAAUAACAAAUAAUUUGGGUAAAAUAUCAGUGAA